UACUACUUCAAGGUCUCAGAGCAAGUGACGUAACUGAUUGAAACGCUAUUUAGCGCACACCGCUAACUAAGCUAGCCGUUUCACAUCCGUUACACAAACAGGACCUGGGAAAAGCAAUUCAAACACUAUGUCAUGCACUCAGACAGAGAGGCUACUCCAAACGAUAUCUCAGAACCAUAAAUAACCUUGGUGGUCCUCUCUCCCAUUCAACCUACACACUCACAUAACACAAGUCUGUCCAUCACUCUUUCUGACCCCAACCUUCAUUAUAGAGGUUCUAGAAGCACUGCCAAAUCCACCCCCCCCUGACCCUAAUCUUAACCCUGACCUUAACCUUAACCCUGACACUAACCCUGACCUUAACCCUGACCCCAACCUUCAUUAUAGAGGUUCUGGAGGCACUGCGAAAUCCCCCUCUGACCUGAACCCUGACCCUACCCUUAACCUUAACCCUAACCUUAACCCUGACCUUGACCCUAACCUUAACCUUGACCCUACCCUUAACCUUGACCCUAACCUUAGCCCUGACCCUGACCUUAACCCUGACCCUAACCUUAACCCUGACCUUAACCCUAACCCUGACCCUAACCUUAACCCUGACCAUAACCCUUACUGGGUUUGCACCCUGCUCCUGACCCUUAACCCUUACCCUAACCUGGGUUCGUAUCCUGUCCCACCCCCAUCCCUAACCCCAUAUCCACUCCUAACCCUAACCUCACCCUCACCCCGAACCCACCCCUAACCCCUCCCCUAACCUCAUCCCUAACCCCUAACCCCCCAUCAAAAGCUGCACUGAAGUCUAACAAAACAGCUCCCACAAUCUUCUUAUUUUCAAUUUCUUUCAGCCAAUCGCCAGUAAUUUGUAUCGAGCAUGUUCAAUGCCCUUCCGUAUAAGCAUGCUGCAAGUGUGUUGUUAAUUUGUUAUCUGUAAAAUAACUUUGUAUUUUAUCAAACACCAUUUUUUUCAAAAGUUUGCUAAGCACUUUGUAACAGUCUGAUUGGUCAGCUGUUUGAACCAUUAGAGGGUGCUCUGAUUGGUCAGCUGUUUGAACCAUUAGAGGGUGCUCUGAUUGGUCGGCUGUUUGAACCAUUAGAGGGUGCUCUGAUUGGUCAGCUGUUUGAACCAUUAGAGGGUGCUCUGAUUGGUCAGCUGUUUGAACCAUUAGAGGGUGCUCUGAUUGGUCAGCUGUUUGAACCAUUAGAGGGUGCUCUGAUUGGUCAGCUGUUUGAACCAUUAGAGGGUGCUCUGCUAUUCUUGGGCAGCUGAAUGACCUUUGACUCCCUCCAUGUCUGAGGGAACACCGUCUUCUAGGCUUAAAUUGAAGAUGUGGCAAACAGGAGUCACAAUGUAUUCCUCUACCGACCUCAGUAAUGUACCGUCCAGGUUGUCGGGAACCAUGUGGUUUCUAUGUAACCCUGGCGUUCAACCGUUGGUGGGGUCAGUACACCAGCUUCCCCCUGCCUGACAACCUGAUGAUGGUGGUGUCAGGGAACGUCCACGGGCUCGACGAGAGGGGCCGGCUGCUCCGACGCACCCUCAUGAGAUAUGCUAACCUCUCCUCUGUCCUCAUCCUGCGAUCCAUCAGCACUAGAGUACGCAGGAGGUUCCCAACCAUGGAGCAUGUGGUGGAUGCAGGAUUUAUGACACCACUGGAGCAUCGCCAGCUGGAUGGUCUGUACUCUGACUUCAACAAGUACUGGAUGCCUCUGACGUGGUUCACUAACCUGGCAUCACGGGCCAGACAGGAGGGCCGGAUCAGAGACGACGUCGCUCUACGACUUCUCAUGGAUGAGCUGAAUAACUACAGAGGAAAGUGCAGCCUGCUGUUUCAUUAUGACUGGAUCAGUAUUCCUCUGGUCUACACUCAGGUAGUGACCCUGGCUGUGUACUCGUUCUUCGGCUUCUGUCUGAUCGGUCGGCAGUUCCUGAACCCUGAGAAGGGGUAUAAAGGUCACCAGCUGGAUUUGUACGUCCCCGUCUUCACCCUGCUUCAGUUCUUCUUCUAUGCCGGCUGGCUCAAGGUGGGGGAACUGAUCAUCAAUCCUUUCGGAGAGGACGAUGACGACUUUGAAACCAACCAACUCAUUGACCGAAAUAUUCAGGUGUCUAUGCUGGCUGUGGAUGACAUGCACCAGAACCUGCCCCCAACAGAGAAAGACAAGUUCUGGGUGGAGAGAUACUUCUCUGUCCCCUACUCUACUGAGACCCUCAGACCUACCUUCAUGGGCUCAACAUAUGACAUAAGCUAUGAAUCUGGUCAGGCCGUCUCCAUGCCCUUCGUCUAUAAGGAUGAGUGUGGUGAUGUGGACGUGAAGGAUGUGUCUUUAGUGAGAGACAAACAGCUGAAGGUGUCUCAUCUUCAGACAGAACGGGGGGAGGGGCAGUUCAAGGUGGCUGUGGAACUCAUCCAAGCCAAUGACAAUGAGCAGAGCUCUUGUUGAAAGAUCUGUGCAACACGUUUAUGGGUUUUGUUGAUUUUGGGGGGGAUAAUUCAUGCAUUUUCCAUGCACCUGUGUGUCAAUGAUUGUGUGAAAUGUCUUCUACAAUCAUGUUUCGAUUGUUUGUAAUCCUGGUUAUUAAAAAAUGAUUUUGAAAAACAUUAAUUCUUAUUUUUAUAAAGAAUAUAAAAACCAUUCAAUUAAACAGCUGUGGCAGUGAUGCAUGACUUUUAACUUUGAAGCCUGAUUCCAUGAUAGAACAUUGUAGAUUGAUUUCAAGAACUAAAUUAGUUUAUCUACAUAAAUGAAUAUACUGUAGGUUGUGAACCAAUCUGCAAAGACUGACAUACGUGUGUAAGGAAUAAAGGUGUGAUUGUUUUUCAUAUUUUUUUGGUUUUUGUAUUCUCUUGUAUUGUUUACUUUCUGGUGUAUUUCUUACGCAAUUGUGUUGUAUAAUUUGUAAGAUGCUUGGCUUUUUUGGUCUCAUUAGGACUGUUAAAAUAAAAAGCACUAAAAUGUC